CUCAUCCUCUUAUUUACCCUGAGAGGCUCUCUGUUUGGGGCUCUGUGUCUCUCUGAGGAUCUGCAGGAUAAUGCUCUCACGUCCUCCGCCAGCUCUCUGUGUUUUUACCAGACAUACCUCCCUUUUUAAGAGGAAGAUUUCCACAUUCACUGCAAGAUUUCUUUCAGUUUCCGGAAGUUUGCUGCAAAGGGAUUUGUUUCAUGUUUCUCUGCUUCGUGUGUUUUUAUUUUAUUCCCCAUGCUUCUUGCUCAUGUGAGGGACAGUAAAGGACUUUCCGUGUUUGUUCCAACAUAAAUCAGACGUGUUUUUUCACAGCGCAUUCAGCCUCGUCACCUCAAUCGGGGGAUGAGAGGACCUUAUUUGGCCUUUUCGGGACUGUAGUUGCAUUUUGUGGAAGCGGAUAUGGGCCAGUUCUCUGCUCCACAGGCGCGUCUUUCAGAGGCGCCGGAGCCGCGCCGCCUCGGAUGAAGUGCGGCCGCUGCAGGUUUUUCUGUGUGGAGGAUUUGCGACAUGGGCUGAGCUCCUGCAACGACUCUGCGUUGGUCUCCUGAAAGCUGCUCAAAUAUGCGAGGAUGGACGGCGGGAAGCGGAGACUGGUGAAGGUUUAAUUUCUCACGCACAGAAACAACUGGACGUUAAUUCAAGUUUAGUCAGAAAGACGAAUCCCUCGGUGAUUUAGUUUCUUUUAAUCUUUUUCUUAAAGUGAUGACAAUGCCUCUUUUAUUUCUAAUAUAUGAAGGGCGCAUGUACAACUUAGUGCGAGCAGAGAGGAAACGUCGGUUAUCUGUUUAAUGUUAGAACAGAUUCGAGGUGGAAAAAGUUGAGACUGUUCGCACUUUUGGAUCACGUUUCCUGCGCGUUUGGUUCGGAGCCGCAGCCUCACCGUUCAGGGAGAUCGCUUCUUCCCUCAUCCCCUCCAGCCAUGUGGCUCCCCUUCCUCGCCCUCCUGCUCCCUCUGCGGCUCUCCGAGGGCAUCAACACGUGUCAGUCCAUCGACCUGGACGCGCAGAAGUCGCGGCGCAUCGAGGCGGUGCGCGGCCAGAUCCUCAGCAAGCUGCGCAUCCGCAGCCCGCCGGAGGACGACGACGACCCGCCGUCGGGCUCCGUGCCGCCCGAGGUCAUGCUGCUUUACAACAGCACGCGGGAGGUGCUGAGGGAGCGCACGCGGAUGGCCGAGUCCGCGUGCGAGCGCGAGAGCAGCGAGGAGGAUUAUUAUGCCAAAGAGGUGCAGAGGAUCGACAUGCAGCCCCCGCGCACCGACUCCAAUGCUGUGCAGCCGGCGGCACCGAACCUCUACUACCGAGUGGUCCACUUUGACGUCAGGGAUGUGGAUCUGAUCAACAGCACCCUGGUCAAGGCUGAGUUCAGGAUCUUCAGAGCUCCCAACCCACUGGCUCGGGCCUCAGAGCAAAGAGUGGAGCUCUACCAGAUACUGAAGCCAGAGGAAGACAGCACGUCCACUCAGCGCUACAUCGACUCUCGGACCGUCCAGCUGAGAGCUAAAGGAGCCUGGCUCUCCUUGGAUGUCACAGAAACAAUCAAAGACUGGGUGUCAGAUCCAGAAAACAAUCUUGGCCUGAAGCUGGGCGUCCACUGUCCCUGCUGCACCUUUGUCCCAUCCACCAACAACAUCGUCCCUAACAAGAGCGAGGAGCUGGAGGCGCUGUUCGCUGGUGUGGAUGACGAGCGCCUUCGUCAGAUGAGGAAGCCCGGUCAGGUCAAAGGCCAGCCGGAUUUCAGCACCAAGACGCCGCACCUCAUCCUCACCCUGCUGCCAAGCGACCGAGUGGACAACCCGGCCAAGAAGAACCGUAAGCGCCGGGCGGCAGCCACAGAAACCUCAACCUGCUCCCGAGGGUCGAAUCAGGGCUGCUGCCUGCGCUCGCUCUACAUCGACUUCAGGCGGGACCUCAACUGGAAGUGGAUCCAUGAGCCAAAAGGUUACAAAGCCAAUUUCUGUGCUGGUAACUGUCCGUACCUCUGGAGCGCCAACAACCACUACAACAUGAUCCUGCCGCUGUACAACAAGCUGAACCCGGAGGCCUCCGCCUCCCCCUGCUGCGUCCCUCAGGAACUGGAGCCCCUCACUAUCAUGUACUACGUCGGCCGCACGCCUCGAGUCGAGCAGCUCUCCAACAUGGUGGUCAAAUCCUGCAAGUGUCGCUGAUAAAAGCAGAGGAGGACUCUGCAAACUGAGAUGGAUCCUUCCUGACAGACUGAAUCAGACGUCAGGAUCUUUUUUUUUGUUCCUCACCGUCAUGCUUCACUCUCUGGAACUUUCCGUUUGACGUUGGACCCUGUAAAUAUGACUACAUAGGUUUAUUAAAUGUGUGUUUCUGUAUAUUAAAACUCAGAAAAGCCUUUGUUUUUCCAUCAGCACCGAGCUUCAGUGGUAGCCACACCCAGACGUGUUUGUUCUAGGCUUCAAGGUGUUAAUUUAAAGCCGGCGGCGUGGCAGUGAGGUGAAGCCUCGCAGACUCUGCAGAGAUGAAAAAGCGAAGGAGGGCAGGGAGCAGAUAGGAAAGAGAAGCAGGAGCCGCGUCCAGGCGGGGGCCCUGCCAGCUCUCUGCGGUCCCCAGGCUGAAAUCUGCCCGCCGUAAACAGGAUGUGAAAGGUUUCCAGACACCGACCCGACCACUCACGGAACGCCAGAUUUAAACGCUCCCCUCGUCUCCUCUCCUUCUCUCCCUCUUUCUCUGUGCAUCGCUCGAGGUUCUGGGAUUUGUGGUGGGAGGAGAGAGGGAGAAAAGAGAGGCUUUGAAAAGGAGACGUGGGAUGAUAGGGCCGCAUUUGGAACGGCUACACGUUUGGAAGGUGGUAUUUUGCAGCCGUGGCAAAUUUGUAACUAUUCAGGCCUGGUGCAUGAGUCUCAUAAUCACACUCCCUUUUUAUUUCAUCGUGUGAUCAUUAUUUUAUUAUAAGGGGGUGGGCUUCCUGUUCUCUUGAUCUUAUUCUGUGACACUUUUUGUUUUCCAAACUCCUCCCUGAUUCUCUGUGCACCCAAUCAUCCACACUGACCACUGUUGAUUAAAUAUCUAAAUGCUGGAAAUAAAAGAAAAAAACCCAAAAACA